GUUACAAGAAGAGCGCGAUCGCCGUGCAAAAGAGCGCGCGGACCGCGAACAGAAACGUCUCGAAGCCGAAGCUCUCGACCUGCUGCUCAAGGAAGGCCAGGAAAUGGCCGAAAAGUCUCGCCGUCCCGAACUUGAACGCAGCGAAAGUAUGGAACCUCCUCCACGUCUCCGCCAUCAGGCCGCACCGAGGAACAGCCAUGGCAAAGACCAGAUGCGUGCACAAGGUCUCAUGCCAACAUCCCUCACUCUGAAGAAAGGCGACCGGCCCUCGACAGAUCUUCCCGCUUCUACUCCCACUGGACCCGCCGAUCGACGCCCACGAGCACUCUCGCCUUCUCCCGCUCGCUCGUAUACUUCCCGACGACGCAACGAAUCUCCCGACGACCGCCGUGGUCUGCCCCGCGACAGACGCGACAACGUCUUGCGCGACAUUAGUGCUGAGCGCGAAGCAUGGAAAGCUCGACAGCGGGGCAGUGAUCGCGAUCGUUCGGGCAGAGAUAGAGAUCGUGACCGCGGAAUGGACAGAGGAAGAGACGAUCGUGAAAGAGAGAGACCGCUAGGUGCAAGCCGCGGCGAGGAUGGCGAAGUCGUGGAACGCGCACAGAGACAAGCACCUCCUCCUCGCGCUGACAGUCGAGGUUCAUACCGCCCUGGCAGAAGAGACGUCACAAGAAGUCCACCGCCUGCAAGGAGAUCUAUCCGGAAUCGGUCGCGGACGAGAUCGCCUCCGCGACGAUACAGGGAGCGAGAUCACAGCCCCCCUCCACGUCGCCGCGUUGGUGAUGUCGGUGACCGAGAUCGUGAGCGGGAAAGAGAUCGUCGCAGCCGAAGUCCCGCUGGCAUUGAUCGGUACAUCCCUGGUGGAGGUGCUGCAAAAGAUGGCGGUGAGGCGAUGGGUGGCCCAGCGAGGGAAAAGGAACGAGAUCGCGAUGCUAGGCCGCGGGAAGGGGAUCGAGAGCGCGAGCGCGAUAGAGACAGGAUGAGAGAGAGGGACCGUGAUCGUGAUGUCCGCGACAGGGAUAGAGACAGGGAUAGUAGAGAUGUUCGCG